GUAUUUGGAAUAUUUUUCACAGAACCACAUCACGAUCAUUCUCCAGCGAAAGAGCUAAAGUGAACAGGUGGCGUGACUUAACUCCAUGUAUGAGCUGAUUUACACCUGCCUCAUCCAACAUAAAUGUUUACACAGAUUUCUUACGGCACAAGUGCUUUCUGAUCAGCAUGGACACGAUAAUCAGCAUUCAAACGAAACCAUGAUAUCAAUUUCCUACAACAACAUGCCCUCGGUUCGCUUAAAUCGAAAGGUUGUGAGUAGGCAUCGACCGUUCAGCCGGCGAGCUGUGUCAACAUAAUAAUGGAGAUCUUCAAGGACAUUAGGAUUCCUCUUCCAGAAAGUUUCGAAUCGCCGAGUCUAACUCGAGUGGGAAAGUUUCAACGUGGCCUUCUAACGUGCGUGUUCUGUAUAUUGCCAGUGUUGCAGGGAGUCGCAUGGCAGCGAAACGAAAAGAGUGUAUAUUCUGGAUUUCGAUGUGAUAUAGGAGAUGGAUAUCUCGACGAAGACGAACAGAAAUACCUUGUGUCUCGCUUUGUCGAGGAUUACAGAAAUAAAUACAGCGGUGUUUCACAGGGUAUGUUUAUAAUCUUCAUUCUACUGAGUCUUUCAAUCAUCCAUUUAUACAUGUCCUACGUGUCAGAAAGAUUUAAUUCUUGGUUCAAGCUAAAGACUCGUAAACAGCGCGGAAAAAUCGUAACCGAACUGAAAACAUCGACAGCCGUGUUUAGGGCUCAUGUCAUACAACUGGCAACAAAGCUUGUGUCUUCCGCGAUCUUCAUUAUGUAUAACUGUCUCGCACACUCUAUUGUUUUGCCUCCGCGAAAGGAGUACCAAAUAGACUGGACUCCCUUAUCUCUCCUGAAGCGUGGCUCGAUUUCUACUACAGCUCUUUGUUACGCCGAUCAAGCCCUCGAAUUAUCAAUCUUUAAUGUCGGUUUGUUGAGCUUUGUAACGUUUUGCGGUAUACUGAAUUUAACAGAACUUGUCUAUACCUGGCAAGAGACACGAGCCUUAGAGCAAACUUCCGAUUAUUAUUUUUGCAUGUUUCUGUUACGACACAAUAGCGUGACCGAAGCUACAAAUAUGCAGAUAGAGAAAGAAUUAUUUUUAGAAGAACAGAGGAAUAAGAUACUCUUGGCGAAGAGACCUGUAAAUCAACACCCUUUCAUCAAAUCUUGGAGUUCAUUAGUACAUAGAAUUCCUCGCAAGAUCUUCAUUUCACAGAGGAAAUUAAAAUUUAAAGGAAUCAAGAAACAGAAACACAAGCAAGAAUUGUUCAGGACCUACAGCAGAACCAAAAAAAUUCCCGUAACUUCUCUGCAGGAUUUUUUAAAGCCGGAUAGAGACACGCAAAAUCCGAAAAUAAUCCUCUUGACAGGACCUCCGGGUAUUGGCAAAACUGAACUUGUUGCCCAGAUUGUCGAAGAAUUCAACGCUGUCGAAAUCGAACUAUGUAAUCUAAAUUUUGUUUUCGUCUUCAAUUUCAAGGAGCUCAAUCUAGUCGACGAACCGAUCACUUUACAAGCGUUUCUAAAUCUUUCGCUUUACAAUUCAAAUGUUAGUGACGUUGUUUAUCAACAAAUUGUAGGAAAUCCGGAAGAAGUGCUUUUUAUCUUCGAUGGCCUCAAUGAGUGGUCUUUGAGAUCUGUGGAAGAAAACGGAUUGAAGAUGUCUUUAGCUUCUCUUGUCUUGAAACUUUUAACUGGGGACCUUUUAUCAGGAUCAACUAUCAUCGUAACUUCCCGACCAACGCCCUUACUAUCAGAGAUUAGCGAAAUGGUAACAUUUGAUAGAUAUGCAGAGCUGGCCUGUUUCAAGCCUGAAGAUUUGAAGACUUGCAUCCAAGAGUGUUUCCAGAACAACGAAGAGGUCAGGAAUUCUGUCAAAAAACGCAUCUCCAGUGACAACGCUCUUGAAGUCCUUUGUCGUUUACCUCAAAACUGCCGCCUGUUCUGUCUGUAUGUUGACUUCUUUGCUUCAAAGAAAACCAUUAAGGGGAUCGGCUCUCUCAAACUACCAGCCACAACAACUGAAUUGUUCGAGAGAAUGAUUGAAACCGUAACAGCGGUGGAAUCGGAUGAAAGUAACCACGAGAUAUUCCCAUCAGAUCAUUAUGACUUUUCAAAGGGCUCUAAAGAAGUCUUGGAAAAACUAUCAUGUCUUGCAUUAGAAGGAAUAAUAAACGAAAGAUACGUUUUUAGAAAGGAAGAGUUCUCUCAAGUUGAACUGAGCGCUUUUGAGGUAGAAAUUCUUGAGGAAGCCGGCUUGUUAAGUCGCUUAAGAGGCUUUAAAUUGAACAUGUACUGUUUCAGUUGUCUGUCCCUCCAAGAGUACUUCGCCGCCAGUAGAAUUGUUCAAUCCAGUACUACGGGCGAUUUCCGUGAUUUUCUGGAAAAGGCAAACGAGAACCAUUGUGCAACACUGCAGUUUGUGGCUGGGUUGUGCAAAGAUGGACAAAAAGGAAAGAGUACUUUUGUGUGCUUGAUGCAACAUUUAACCCAAUCGAUUAAACUUAACAAUCAUUUCGUUGACGAACCAGUGGUUGAUAACCAAGCGAUUGCUUUUCUUUGUAAAUGCAUCGCUGAGAACCCGACAAAACUGGGCCUACCUUUUGCUAAAGAGGUGACCUCUUCCAUAUCGCCGUUCAGGCCGAUUGUCUUCACAGAGAUGGGCAAUAACCCGCUAGAGACGCAGGCUGUCUUAUUUUGCUUAAAAGAGGCCAAUGGUUGCAACGUCAAGAGAGUCAUUUUUGAGGGCAACUGCAUGGAAGAUGACGGAUUUCGUCAAGUGGCUGCAUCGCUCUGCCACAAAUCGUGCAAGUUGGACCAGGUGAGUUUGACAAAUUCUGGUGUUACUGAUGGCGCCAUGUUAUCGUUCCUUGAAAGCACUGCAAGCCACUCAUUCCUUGGAAUUAGGAUCCUUGGCUUGAGAGGCAAUGACAUUUCCAGCGAAGGAGCAAAAUAUCUUGCCUGCGUGCUUUUCAACGAUUGGUGCCAAUUGGAGGAGCUUCACCUGGGCAACAACAGAAUCGGUGACCAAGGAGUAGAGUAUUUCAGUGAAGCUCUUUGCUGUGGAAGUAGUAAAAUUCACACCUUGGAUUUGAGCUCCAAUGGAAUAACCCACAAUGGUGUUUACCACUUGAGCAAGGCUCUUAGUAAUCCUGUUUGUAAUGUGAAACGUCUGUACCUUCAGCAAAACAGAAUCCUUGACUUUGGAAUGCAAGACCUCUGCGAGUCUCUGUGCAUAGGAGAAUGCAAUCUAAGAGUCCUGUUCGUCAGCUCCAACGAAAUCACUGACAAUGGGAUUGUGUACGUGGAAAAAGCUCUGGCACACAAGUCUUGCAGGCUCCAAGAGCUCUACCUUGGCUACAACCUCAUCACCGACAAAGGUGUCAAGAGUCUGCUGCAGGCACUGCCUACUGAUCAAAUAAACUUGAAGAUUUUGUCCCUGGCCAACAAUCCUAUAACAGACACUGGAGUAAAAAUGUUGGCCAACGCUCUAAGAAACUCAAGCUGUAACCUGCACAGGCUUUUUAUUAGUCUAGGACGCUCACAGCUUGCGGACACAAAACGCUCAAAGCUGCAAGUGCGAUACGUCAAUGCAUUUUAAUCCCCCAAACGAGGACCAGUGAGCACUUAAAGAAAGUAAAGCAGCGAGAAACUUCCUUGCGCUGCUUUUGUUGUCAUGAACUGGACACAUCCGCGUAUUUUGAAUGUAAAAGCUAAUGGGUUAAGGUUAGGUUCUAUUUUAAAAAUUUGCAUGCUAUCAGAGAGAUUUGUUGUUGUGAUAAUUUUCAUACUUGCACUUCAAUUUAAAAUUUUUAAGCAAAAAUUUUGGUAUCAACAAGGCUUACUAAACUGUCACUGGUUUACAAGACAGGUUGCUAUGAUAAGAAAGAAAAUUACAAUUUCAAUUUCGUUUAUUUCUGGCUAACAACUUUGCAGUGUCAUGAACCACGUGUUAAUAAAGUAGGCAGGUGCUAUACUUUUUGUGCACGUCAUUCUCUUCAUCCAGGAUCGUGGCGACGUUUCCAUUUUAAUAUAAAUGCAAAUGAUUGGUGUCAAUACGCAAACUUUUCAUCUGUUUUAUGUUUAAAAAAAAAUGCUUUUACAAAUUAAGUAUGGACGUGUCCUUAAAGAGGGACUGUCUUGAUGUUAUAAUUGGCUAAGAUCCAAGAAGUAUCUCAAACGUGUGGGCUAUUAAAAGAUAUUA